AUGGGGAGUUCCGUUCGGCUUGCCGUGUUGUGUUGUGUCUGCACCGCGGCGCGCCGCGCAAGAAACCGGUCCGCCCCCACACCGCUGGCUGGCGAGCCUAACGCGUCACUGGCCCCGGCGGCGCGGUGGUGGGGGAACGCGAGUCUAUGCCGCGGCGGCGGGAGGUGGCGGGCUGGCGAGCGUCCGAGCUUCCCCGCGAACCUUCUGUCAGUGCCGCGCGGAACUCGGCCAGGCGAGGAGGCGUGUUGUGUGUGCUCUCUCUCUGUCUCGCGACCCGACACAGCGGCCGUCCUUCGCGACUUGUACUGGCCUUCCUCUUCCGACCGCUCGCCUCGAGUGUGCAGUGCAACUACCCUCCGCCGUGGAAAACUGUGCGUGUCAUGUGUGUGGCCGCUGCACGACGACAUCAGAAGAGAGCGGCGUAGUGCCGUCGCGACGCUGCCGCUGCCGCCGCCGCCGCACCUGGAGAGACCGCGGAAGACGCCGGCGUCCGAUCGAACGGCGGGUGCGAUUCUGCGCGCCGCGGCGAGCAUUCCAGACGCCCGGGGAGGAUGCACUCGGCGGGGCGCAGGUGACGAUGCGGGGGCGGUGAUGGCGGCGCGGCCGCGCGCCCGUGCUACGGCCACGACCACGACCACUGCCGCGCCCCUGCUAGGACCGCUGCUGCUGCUGCUCGCCAUGCUGGCCGCGGGCAGCGAGGCGUGCACGGUGGACGAGUGCUCGCAGAAGUACGGCGAGGCGCUGUCGGCGGCGCCCGGCGCCGGCGGCUCUGCGCAGGCGCGGCUGUGCGCCGUGCUGCAGCGGUACCGGGAGUGCGUGCACGGGCGCGCGCCCGCCUGCCACGGCAACCUGGGCUACCACAGCGCACUCACCAUCGUGCGCCGGCGCAUGCUCCCGCCCCCGCCCGGCCUGCUCGACGACGACGAUGACGACGACAGCCCCGACGAAGAACCCGGCCUGGUGGAGCCCCCGGAGGUGUCGGCGGCGCCGCCGCCGGUGGACGCGGAGUGCGACUACCGGGGCCCGGCCGAGCACGUGCACUGCGGCCUGUUCGGCGACCCGCACCUCAAGACGUUCUCCGGGCAGUACCAGACGUGCCGCGUCGAGGGCGCCUGGCCGCUCAUCGACAACGCCCACCUCGCCGUCCAGGUCACCAACAAGCCCGUCCUCAACGGAUCCCGCGCCACCGCCACCACCAAGGUGACGGUGAUCGUGCGCGGCGCCCCCGCCGGCUCGGCCGCGUGCUCGCGCCACCGCAAGACGUACGAGGCGACGGCGGACGCGCCGCUGCCCGCCACCUUCGUGGACGGCACGCAGCGCUCUGCCGGCGGCAACGUGCAGCUGUCGGUGCACGAGGAGGGCCGGCGCGUCGAGCUGUGGGUGCGCCACGUGGACGCGCUGGUCGUGGUGCGGCGCGCCGGCCGCUACCUCGCCUUCUCGGCGCGCCUCCCGCGACACGUGGCUUUCGGCGGCGGCGGCGGAGGUCGGCCCAGCAGCGGGCUCCAGCUGUGCGCCAGGGGCUGCCCCAGCAGCGAGCUGCUGCACCCUCUCGAGGACCGCGGCAGCGCCAUGAAGCAGGCUGACGCGGAGGCGGUGUGCGGCGCCAGCAACCUGACCGGCUCCUACCACGACUGGUGCGUCUUCGACGUGAUGACGACCGGCGCCGACGACUUCGCGGCUGCCGCCCACGCCGCCCUCACCGACGUGCGGCGCCUCGACCCGCUGUCCGCGCCGUCCACGUCGGCGUCUUCGUCGUCGGCGUCGGGCGGCGCGCCGAGGGGCGGCCGCGAGCAGCGCUCGGGGGCGGCGUCGCUGGCGGCGUGGGUGCGCGCCGCCCUCGCCGCCUCCGUGUUCUUCGCCCUCGCGGUCUGA